AUGAAUCCAUCUACAAAGAAGAGGCCCAAGAAUGGAGUGGUUUCUAAGAUGCAAGAUGAGAAACUGCAGGACAAGAUAAAUCAGCCUGUCAGCAAACUAAUUGAGCGGAACCGACUUAAAAUGGUAUUAAAAAACUUGUCCCUCUUGAAGUUACUCAAGAGUUCAAAUGACCGGAUCCGAGAACUGCAUAGCCUGGCCAGAAGGUGUUGGAAUUUAAUAAUCAGAGUUCCAAAGAUCUUCCAAAUCUCCUCCGGGGAUAACGUGAAAGUGAAACAAAAGAAUGAAGAGCAAGACGUUCUGGCCCUGGUGAAGAAACUGGAAUCCAGGAAAGCAGAGUCCAUAGAGAAACCUAAUGAAAACACGUCAGAGGAGUGGAAGCCCACGGAAGGGUCAAAGGGGUCACCUGCAGCAGCGUCACGGAGAAAAAAGCAGGCAAAGCCUAAAGUCCCCAAGAUAGCAAAGAAUCAUGGCUUGCUUACCAGAGCCCAGAAGAGGAAACCACAUGUUAAGGAGCCCCGAAUUGUCUUCCUGAAGAUCUACAAUCACAGAACUCCCAAGAUGAACAUGAAACCACUGGAUGAAACUGACCAGUUGGUCUGGUUUGAGGGGCUUCCCACACGCAUCCACCCCCCAGGGCGCCGGAUCAUGUGCAGAUCAUCUGCCUUACGCCGCGUCAAGCGCCCCUGUACCCGGUUCUGCUCAGUGUCACUUUGA